CGGAAAAGAAAAAUGGAAGUGAUUUCUCCUCAGAGAAUACAACCAUUGUUACUUUCCAUAAUCGUUGUCUUGUUUUCUAUAGUUGCAUUUUCAGUUUCAGCUGAAAAUUCAGCACACAACACUUUUCUUCGUUGCCUUUUAAACCAUUCAGACUCCUCUCACCCCAUACUUUCAGCAAUCUUUACAACAAACAACGACUCAUUCUCUUCGGUGUUGCAAGCCCACAUAAGAAACCUUCGUUUCAACACCUCCACCACCCGAAAGCCAUUCCUUAUACUAACUCCAUUGCAUGUAUCCCAUAUACAAACAUCCAUUAUCUGUGCCAAAAAGCACAAAUUGUUGAUGAAAAUUCGUAGUGGUGGCCAUGACUACGAAGGGGCGUCUUACGUGGCUUCACAACCAUUCUUCAUCCUUGACAUGUUCCGACUCCGGUCCAUUGAGGUUGACAUAGACUCCGAGACCGCUUGGGUUCAGACCGGUGCGACACUUGGGGAACUUUAUUAUCGAAUUGCUAAGAAGAGUAAAACUCACGGCUUCCCAGCUGGGGUUUGUCCCUCUGUUGGAGUGGGAGGUCACAUAAGUGGUGGUGGAUAUGGCAACAUGAUGAGAAAAUAUGGUCUAACAGUAGAUAAUGUUGUUGAUGCACAAAUGGUUGAUGUUGAAGGUAGAUUGCUUGAUAGAAAAUCCAUGGGUGAAGAUCUCUUUUGGGCCAUCACGGGUGGUGGAGGAUCUAGCUUUGGCGUCAUCAUUGCCUACAAAAUAAAGCUGGUUCGAGUUCCAGAUACAGUCACUGUUUUCAAAGUUACAAAAACCCUCGAGCAAAAUGCUACUGAUAUAGUUUACAAAUGGCAGCAUGUUGCACCGGCUAUCAGUCACGACCUUUUCAUUAGACUUAUCUUGGACGUUGUAAACAAUGCACAAAAAGGAACAAAGACCGGAAGAGCAACUUUCGUAGCUCUAUUCCUUGGUGACUCGAAAAGCCUUGUUUCUCUCUUGAAUGAGAAGUUCCCUCAAUUGGGAGUGAAGCUAUCUGACUGUAUUGAAACAAGUUGGCUUCGUUCAGUGUUGUUUUUCGCAGACAUCAACAUUUCAGAGCCUGUUGAGAUUUUACUUGACAGACAACCAAAAUCACUCAUAUACUUGAAAAGGAAAUCUGAUUAUGUAAAGAAAGCAAUUUCGAAAGCAGGGUUGAAAGGGAUUUGGAAGAAGUUGAUUGAGUUGGAAAAUACAGUAAUAUUAUAUUUCAAUCCUUAUGGUGGAAGAAUGUCUGAGAUUCCAUCAACAGCAUCACCUUUCCCUCAUCGAGCUGGGAACCUAUGGAAGAUCCAAUACCAAGCAAAUUGGAAUCAGGCAGGGAAACAAUUUGUUGAUCAUUACAUAAACAUGGCAAGAAUACUUCACAAGUACAUGACUAGUUUUGUCUCCAAGAACCCAAGAGGAGCUUUCUUCAAUUAUAAGGAUUUUGACUUAGGAAUUAACCACAAUGGUAACAACAGCUACACUGAAGGAAGAGUUUACGGAGUGGAGUAUUUCAAAAAUAACUUCGAGAGGUUAGUUGAAAUAAAGACAAAGGUUGAUCCUCAUAAUUUCUUUAGGAACGAACAAAGCAUCCCUACCCUGCCUCACAUGGCAAGUUAG